AUAUCCUAAAAAUGAGAGAGGAUGUUGAAAUAUCCCGGUGAGAGUUUAACUCCUGCUUCAAAGAGUGGCUGCUUGUCUUUGAGGAGAAAGAAGACUGCAACCAUAGGAGACUAAGUGAAAGCUAAGAAUCCAAUUAAACAUCAAUAACAUGGACAGAGUUUGACUAAAGGAACUUUGCUACAGUGAGAACAAUUGGCACAAGUCGCAGACCACUAAUCCAUGAAAGCAGCAGAAUAACUGGUAGUUUCUCCCACAUCAUGAAUGCAAGUGAAUCCUCUUAGAGCUUCAGUUGAAAGUCUGAUCGCAGUACUGGAGAUUGCCAUCACUGUGUAGAUGCAUCUGUGUUUUUUGAGUCAGCAGUAGUUAAAUUUUCCAGCAAGCCCUACAUGAAAGAAAGUGUAAAGGGUGAUUACGGAUUUCCAGUCAGUGACCUCGCCUUUGAGUGGGACAGACAACACAUCUGAGGUUUCUACGAAGCAGUGCAGUGACAGCUGAAGUUUCUUUCAAAAAGUCAUCUGAAAGGCUAUCUCAGACGUGCUCCAGUAUCUUAAUUCUUCUCAGCUCAGAAGACAAAUCACCUCAAAUUUCUCAAUUUUCUGAGUUUGUGACAAUGACAACUUUUUUUGGAGUUACCUCAGCGGUGUUAUCAGUCUGGAUUAUGACAUUCAUGGCUCAAAAUUACUGUAUAACAGGUUCCACGCUUUCACCUUGCAGGAUCACAGGUGUAGGACUGUAUCUUGACGAGAAAGUGAAUUUUUCAGAAGCAAGUAAUGUGUGCAGUCGACUGAAUCUACAACUGGCAAGUAAAGAACAGGUUGAGAAGGCUUUGAAAAAUGGCUUUGAAACAUGCAGUUCUGGGUGGAUAAAAGAUGGAUUGGUUGCCAUUCCUCGUAUAACAUCCAAUAAGAAAUGUGGUCGGGGCAGCGUUGGACUAGUGAACUGGCGUGCUAAUCAAGCUUCUAAAUUUGCAGUUUACUGCUUCAAUUCUUCAGAUGUUCAAAUUAAUUCAUGUAAACCAGACCCAACUACAACCAUACUACCAUCAAGUGUACCAACAGAAUUAACUGCGUAUUCAGGUUCAGAUUUGACUGGGAACACCACAGCAGUGCCCACUGCAACUGAACCAGAACAAACCCUGAAAAACGUGAGAUUUCGGAUAAUAUGUAUAACUGAAACUAUAUUACCAACAGAGGGGACUACUACAACAAUGCCAGAGGAAUACCACACUUACCCUGCUGCAUUUAGGAAUGAUGGUGUUGUCUUUGGAGGUAUCCCCACUGCACUCCUUGUGCUGGCAGUCAUCUUCUUCAUUAUUUCAGUUCUUCUAGCAGUCUGCUACAUCAAAAAGUACAAGAAAUCCUUCCCAUUUUCAAAUAAGAAUCAGAAAAAAAUGGUUGAAACUACGACUCUCAAAGAGACUGCAUCAAAUGACAAAACAUUGGAGAAGGAAACAAAGAAUAAUGAAAAAAAGGUAGAAGAGGCCAAAGCCAAGCCUGAAACCACAGUAAAAUGUCUAGAAGUGGAAGUUUAAGGUCAGCAGAAGAGGGAGGAGAAACGUACAGUUCUUUUUAGAAACAUAUAAAACAAAGCACAUAACUUAGCAAUGCUUUUAAAUGCAGGUGACUGUAAAUACUCAUGAAUUUUUUUUUCUCAUCUUAACAUAUGAAAGCAUUUUUUUUUAAUAAUUACAUCUUCAGCUAUAAAUGCUCUUGCAAAAGAAUAUGGUAUCUUACUUGAAAUAAAUAAAACAUCCAUAUUACAGUUCACUUCUUAACAAAGAAGUAAAUCAAAAUUUGCUGUUAGUGACAUGAGUGUGUGACUAUUUGCAUGAAAUUCACAUUGAUAUGUAAUGAAAAAUUCCUUUAUAUCUGUAUGGGUGAUCUGCUAACUUAAUGCCUAAAAUAAAACAAUACUAGGUCAUAAGUAAAACAAUAGUAGGUUAAUUUGUUUCCAUUAAGUAGUUACACACUGUUUUUUAAAAAGUCUGUUUACAAACAGAAUAAGUCUGUUUGCAAGUAAAAAAUCAAGAUUGGCCCACUGCCAUUCCACUACCAAAAGAAGGGUACAAAGAUGCUGAUCUUCAUCAGCAUCCUUGAACAACUUUCUAAGGUAUCCUCAUCAUAUAAUUCACUGUUUUAUUUAUUAAAAUCUGUAUCAUUCUUUUGCAUCAGAUAUUUGACAGGAAAAAAGAACCUUGAACUGUAUUACAAUGGUUAUAUUUAAGAUCUUUGUGUGUAUUUAAGUGAGGCCUUCCAGAUAAAGGCUUCAAGUGGUAUAAGGCA